AUGCAUCCAGGGGAUCGGUGUAUCCCGCGGAGUGUAUCUACAGAGAUGUAUCCAGGGGAUCGGUGUAUCCCACGGAGUGUAUCUACAGAGAUGUAUCGAGGGUCGGUGUAUCCCACGGAGUGUAUCUACAGAGAUGUAUCCAGGGUCUCGGUGUAUCCCACGGAGUGCAUCUACAGAGAUGUAUCCAGGAUCUCGGUGUAUCCCACGGAGUGUAACUACACAGAUGUAUCCAGGGUCUCGGUGUAUCCCAGGGAGUGUAUCUACAGAGAUGUAUCCAGGAUCUCGGUGUAUCCCACGGAGUGUAUCUACAGAGAUGUAUCCAGGGUCUCGGUGUAUCCCAGGGAGUGUAUCUACAGAGAUGUAUCCAGGGUCUCGGUGUAUCCCACGGAGUGUAUCUACAGAGAUGUAUCCAGGGUCUCGGUGUAUCCCACGGAGUGUAACUACAGAGAUGCAUCCAGGGUCUCGGUGUAUCCCACGGAGUGUAUCUACAGAGAUGUAUCCAGGGUCUCGGUGUAUCCCACGGAGUGUAUCUACAGAGAUGUAUCCAGGGUCUCGGUGUAUCACACGGAGUGUAACUACAGAGAUGCAUCCAGGGUCUCGGUGUAUCCCACGGAGUGUAUCUAA